GACGCAAAGGCCGAGAUGGCGGCGCCCAGUGACUCUGUGCUGCAGUCUGCGGCAGUGCUGAAUGAGUUGGUCUGGAACAGUGAGGAGGAUGAUUUGUUCUCGGUUGUCAUGGUACCCAUCCAGCACCUGACCAGCGCAUUCAGGGAGCAGCAGAAUAGGGAGGAAGCCACACAAUCUGUGUUUGAAGUAUUUGUACGCAUCCUGACAAGACAGUUGGCUGCAAUAAAGGUCUUCACUGAGAAUUCUGAAAGUGGCAAGGAUGAACAACAUGAAACUCAUUUGCAGCUUAUUGCUGAAUGUUUCCGAUGUUUGAGAAAUGCCUGUAUACAAUGUAUGAAGAACCAGUCUUAUAUAAGAACUGUCGGACUGAUUGAGCCAACAAUUGAAAUUCUCCAGCUUCUUCACAGGUCAGGAGGUUUUGAGAGUGAUACAUUGUCAGCAGCUUUUCAAUGUGGUCUUCAGCUCCUUGGAAACCUAGCAGUUGGCAAUGAGGAAUCUAAGGAUGUCAUUUGGAAAAAUGCCUUUCCAGAUCUGUUCCUGAAUUUUCUGAAUCAUUUAGUUAAGAAAACUGUCACCUAUUGCUGCAUGGUUCUAUUUACCUGUCUUAACGCUGAGAGAACAGCGGAUCUACUAAACCACACAAAAGGGAUUGAACUGGCGGAAUCUGUUGUUAAAAUCUGCAAGAAAGAGCCAGAACUGGACUGGGCGUUUCUUAUUGUAACAGAGCAGUUUCUGAAAUGUCCAGAUUUAGUGUCAGUUAUGUGCACGAAAUGGAACAGUCAAGAAUGGAUUCUCAUUUUGGAACUAAUAUCCAUGAAGCUGAGUGACAAGAAUCAGAAGUCUCCAGCUGGCAGUGAUGACCCAACUGUUCCUGACAGACUAAUGCAAUUUUUGGCAGCCUGCUUCAUAGAGAAAUGCAUGGCAGUGUUGAAAUAUGCCUCUGAUACUGAUACAGAAGAUGAGGAGGCUCUUGUUGUGAUCAGGCUUCUUGACAUUCUCUGUGAAGCAACCUCAAACCAUGAAAAAUUCAGCUUUUUGCAGAAUUCACCUGGUCUGCUGGAGACUACUGUUAAACUUUUAUAUGAAACCCACCUUGCAGGAAAGCAAAGCAGAAAUAUUUUUACUGCAUCCCAGUCAUUAUCACUUGCCAGUCAAGCCACUCAUCCAGCUGUUGGAUUUAAAGCUCAUCUCAUCCACCUGAUUGGAAAUCUUUGCUACAACAACAAGGAAAACCAAGAAAAGGUUCGUCAUUUGGGAGGCAUUCCACUCAUCCUGGACAACUGCAACAUUGAUGAUAAUAACCCUUUUGUGAGCCAGUGGGCAGUUUUUACUAUCCGAAUCCUUACAGAACAGAAUACGGAGAAUCAAGAAGUGAUAUCCCAGAUGGUACGUCAAGGUGUAGCAGAUAAUGCUGUGCUAAGCAGCAUGGGAUUACAGGUGCAAGAGCAAAAUGGAAAACUUUACGUCAAGUCGCAGGAAAAGUGUGGAUAGCUGCAUGGAGAGAAUCAUUUGCUGGAAAAUAUUUUGACAACGUGGAUCCAUUUUCCCAGUCAUUUGGCACACCAAGAGGAAAAUAUACAUGAACAAGAUGAAAGCAGUGAUGGAAAAUGGUUCUUUGUUUAAAAUACAUAGUGUUAUUUAUUUCUCCCUCUAGAUAGUCAACAAUCUGGUAUCAAGAGUCUCACAGUCCUAUGAUAUGCAGGUUAAGAGUGACUGGUGAUAAGUAUGUUAACUAUACACGAGAAUAAUUAUCUUCAAUUUAUCCGGAUUGAAUUCUGAUUAGACAAUAAUGUUCUGAAUUAUAUAUAAUUAAACGUGGGUAUAAAAAUUGAUUUGAGUUUCUGCAAACUCAUUUCAAACAAUAAAACACAGAACAUUUCACAAAGAUGCUGAUUAAUGUAGAAAGCUAAAUCAGAAGUAUUUCUGUACUUGAGUGAGAUUUGAACUUGUAGGGCGAUGUUAGCAUUUUUUCAAAUUCACACAAAAUAUUUUGUCAGUAAUACAAUGAAACUGAGUGUGAUGAUCUCAAGAAUUAAAUG